AAGUCAGGUUGUCCAGUGUCAACGGUGUUGUUGUCCACUGACGAGGUGCCGAAUAUCGUUUUCUCGCAGCUGACUCUUGGAGCGGUUUAUCCCGCGCGACACCGUCAGCCUCUCGAGGUCCACAUGCAUGUCGAGAUUCGCCCAACGAACGUUGCCGUGGAACACGUUAUUGCGACAAAAGCGUGGCGCCAGUAAUCCAGACACGAGACUCGCAGUGCCAUGGCAGGCAAGGAGGAGGUAAGCAGCGCGACGACUGACGCAAAGACCGAAGAGACGCCGGAUAAUUCGACAACGGAGGACGCGCCAGCCAGUCUAGAGACCAUCCCCGAGGGGAACGCGGCGCGAAACGGGCUUCAGGCAGCGCCGAAGGACAAGUCAAAGAUUGAUAUACUGCUGAAGGCAACUGCGAACGCUCCGAUCAUGAAGCAGAAGAAGUGGUCGGUCUCCCAGGACAAUCCCAUUGGGCGGAUCUCCGAAUUCAUAAAGAAGUACCUCAAGCUCGAUCCCAACGAGAGGCUGUUUCUCUACGUCAAUCAGACGUUCGCACCUGCUCCCGAUCAGACGGUCAAGAACUUGUACGACUGCUACGGCGCCGACGGGAAGCUGGUCAUACAUUACUGUAAAAGCCAGGCGUGGGGCUGAGAUUCGUUGAAGUUGGCUCGCCGACGUUGACUUUUCCUGACGAAGCUUAAUACACAAGUUAACACAAAACACAUUGUGAUAAUAGUUUUCUUUAUCUUGUUAUCUAUAGUUAUUCUUUAUUAUUUAUGAUAUAUAACUCCAACUUUAUAUUUACGAUGUAAUUAUGAUACCUGGAUUUUACUCUAUUGCUGUUUCGUAGGCGACUUCUUGCUGGAAUUAUGCGUUCGUAUUAGAGAGGCGCAAAGAGGCUGUCACGAUUUUAUCGUAUGUACUGUAUAUUUUAAUAUAGCAAUAUUGGAAGCUAAA